ACCUCAUUGGAGGUAUCGAAUUAAUUGACCCAGUCAAUGGGAUCUCCUAUAGUAACGGGCAUGGCCGGCUGCCUUGAUUUGUGAGCACGGCUCUUGAAGGGUAGGGAGGAUGUGCAGCCUGGAGAAGCGAGGGAAGGUCUACAUUUUGACGCUUGUGGGUGAUGACGAUCACAGGUUUAAUGCCACCACGCUUGACGCCAUCGCCGACGCCCUCAAACAGGUCGAACAAUCGCCGGAUGCAGCAGCCCUGGUAACCACUAACGCAGGUAGAUAAUUUUCCAACGGCCUCGACCUGCGAUGGAUCGCAGAGAACCCCGGCGAGCGCCUUAACAUAAUUAGGGAGAAAUUCGAGAACAUGUUGGCGGCCUUCAUGAGGCUGGGCGUACCCACCGUGGCGGCCAUCUGCGGCCACGCGGCGGCGGGUGGUUUCAUGCUGGCCCUGGCUCACGACUACCGCUUCAUGACGCAGGGGCGCUCUGUGCUCUACAUGAGCGAGCUUGACCAUGGCAUGCACCUCCCCAGGAGUAUGAUGGCGGUUAUUCGUUGUAAGCUGAAGACCGCCGUCCUGCGGGACGUGGUGGUGGGUGCCCGCAAGCUGAAUGCGCAGAUGGCCUUCGAGAGGGGGAUUUUAGACGGCGUUUUCCAGGACCAUGCGGGGACUUUGGAGGCGGCUGUUAAGGAGGCAGAGAAGCUGGCAGCCAGGGGGUGGAAGAGGGAGGUCUAUUGUGGCCUCAGGUUAGGGGCGUUUCCUGGGGUUGUGGAGGCGCUUGAUGCUCAUGCCGACACUUAUCGCUCUUACCCUGUUGCUUCCAAGCUUUGAUGCUCAUUUUCCUUAGCCAGGUUUAUGGCUGGGGUGCUUUCUUGGAGACUAGGUAUAUUAUCCAGGUUGCUAGGAUUGCCUGCCUCGAGUUACGUGUAUAUGAAGAUUUUUAACUGCUGAUCCCCAACUUGGCAUCCAAAUAAGAGUUUUCUGGUGAAAGGUUUUAAAUAUUUUGAUCACUUGAAUUAGAGGUUGGUUCUAAUUUCUCUGAUAGACAAAGCAGACCAUUCUACAUAGAACAUAAUAUCAAGUUAUACUGUUCACAAGCCAAAAAGUUCCUACCGAGUGUCAUUUGGUGAUUCGGGACAUCAUGGGAGAGAACAUGCAACUCGUAACGUUGAUACAGAAGAUGAUCAAAUCAUUGUAAAUCAUAAGUAUGGAAGUGAUCCACUAGCAAGCUCUCUUAUUUUCUCAUCUUAUCCAAGUUCAUAAUUCACAUUUUAUGCCUUUCACAUACAAAGCCCGGGGUCUAAAGUGUGCAGCCCAUACUCAAGGGCUUGACAUGCGAGAGAACAUGCAACUCCUAACAUUGAUACUGAAGAUGAUCAGCUUAUGGUUAAUCAUAAUAACGGAAGUGAUACACUAGAAAGCUCUCUUAUUUUGUCAUCUUAUUAAAGUUCAUGAUUCACAUUUUGUGCCUUUUGCUAGAGUCUUAAGCCUGCAGACCAUACUCAAGGGCUUGGUGUAUGGUGCAGAGACUCUAGCAACUGCAAUUCAUGAUGGACUUAAUAAUAGACUGAACUCUGACAAUGUAUUUAAAAUUCCAUUGAAUAAUAAUUUCUGUGCACUAGCAGUUGUUGA